GCGAUCUUCGGGAAGAAGAGCAUCCUUCUCUCCGAGCCGACCGUGACCAUCCAUGCCUCUCCUAACCCAGCACGUUCAGGACGAGGACGAACAGUACUGCUUAGUGGCCAGCCUUGACAACGUUAGGAAUCUGUCCACUGUCUUGAAGGCCAUUCAUUUCAAAGACCACGCCACGUGUUUUGCUACUAAAAAUGGACUCAAGGUUACAGUGGAAAAUGCAAAGUGUGUGCAAGCAAAUGCCUUUAUUCAGGCUGAAGUGUUUCAAGAAUUUAUCACUCGGGAAGAAUCUGUUACUUUCAGAAUUAACCUAACAAUCCUUUUAGACUGUUUAUCUAUUUUUGGAUCAAGUCCUACACCAGGGACCUUAACUGCACUUCGGAUGUGUUACCAAGGUUAUGGUCACCCUUUGAUGCUAUUUCUAGAAGAAGGAGGAGUGGUGACGGUCUGCAAGAUUAACACCCAGGAGCCUGAAGAGACUCUGGAUUUUGAUUUCUGUAGCACCAAUGUUAUGAAUAAAAUUAUCCUGCAGUCAGAGGGGCUCCAUGAAGCAUUUUCUGAGUUGGACAUGACAAGUGAUGUUCUACAGAUCACCGUGUCUCCUGACAAGCCCUUUUUCAGGUUAUCUACUUUCGGAAAUGCAGGAAGCUCUCACCUUGACUAUCCCAAAGAUUCUGACUUGAUGGAAGCAUUUCACUGUAAUAAGACCCAGGUCAACAGAUACAAACUGUCUUUACUGAAACCCUCUACAAAGGCAUUAGCUUUAUCCUGUAAAGUAUCUAUUCGGACAGAUAAUCGAGGAUUCCUCUCAUUACAGUACAUGAUUAGAAAUGAAGAUGGGCAAAUAUGUUUUGUGGAAUAUUACUGCUGCCCCGAUGAAGAAGUUCCUGAGUCUUGAAUAAUUUACUGUGACUAUUUGUGUAUAUUUAUAGUUGUGUUCUCUCCCUCUGCAUAAUCUUCGUGUUUCAUAUUGGAUUAUCUAUAAAGACUCAUAGAGAAGACAGGAGCAAAGUUCCAUUUUGUAAAUAUUUUUAUUUUGUGAAUAAAUGUUUUCAUAUAGCCAUAAAUUAUCUGGCUUAUUGUA